AUGACUAAUAGUGAUGAUUUAACUGUAGCAACAACAACAACAACAACAACAUCAAAUACAACUAUGAAUACUAAUACAAAAUCAUUUGUUGAUGAUCUAAAUUGGAAAGAAAAAUUAAAAUUACCACCAAAAGAUAAUCGACCAAAAACAUCGGAUGUUACUAAUACAAAAGGACAUAGUUUUGAAGAUUAUUGUCUUAAACGUGAAUUACUUAUGGGUAUUUAUGAAAAAGGUUGGGAAAAACCAUCACCCGUACAAGAACAAUCUAUUCCAAUAGCAUUAACUGGUCGUGAUGUUCUUGCACGUGCAAAAAAUGGUACAGGAAAAACAGGUGCAUAUACAAUACCAAUUAUUGAACGUAUUGAUCCAAAUAAAAAUAUUGUUCAAGCAGUUAUAUUAGUUCCAACACGUGAAUUAGCAUUACAAACAAGUGCUAUAUGUAUGGAACUUUCUAAACAUAUUCAAUUACGUGUUAUGGUUACAACUGGUGGUACAUCAUUGCGUGAAGAUAUAUCACGUUUACAAGAAAUUGUUCAUAUUAUUAUAGCAACACCUGGUCGUUUAUUAGAUUUAGUUAAUAAAAAUUUAGCUAAAAUUGAUUCAUGUCGUGUUAUUGUAUUGGAUGAAGCUGAUAAAUUACUUUCACAAGAUUAUAAUCAUUUAUUAGAUGAAUUAUUAUAUACAAUGCCAAAUGAUCGACAAGUAAUGCUUUUUUCAGCAACAUUUCCUUUAAUUGUUGAUGAUUUUAUUAAAAAACAUAUGAAACAACCAUAUGAAAUUAAUUUAAUGGAAGAAUUAACACUUAAAGGUAUUACUCAAUAUUAUGCAUUUGUACAAGAACGACAAAAAAUUCAUUGUUUAAAUACACUUUUUUCAAAAUUACAAAUUAAUCAAUCGAUUAUAUUUUGUAAUUCAACACAACGUGUUGAACUUUUAGCUAAAAAAAUAACUGAAUUAGGUUAUUCAUGUUAUUAUAUACAUUCAAAAAUGCGACAAGAACAUCGUAAUCGUGUAUUUCAUGAUUUUCGUACUGGUCUUUGUCGUAAUCUUGUUUGUUCGGAUUUAUUUACUCGUGGUAUUGAUAUUCAAGCUGUUAAUGUUGUAAUUAAUUUUGAUUUUCCACGUUACAGUGAAACAUAUCUUCAUCGUAUUGGUCGUUCAGGUCGUUAUGGUCAUUUAGGUCUUGCAAUAAGUUUAAUAACAUAUGAUGAUCGAUUUACUGUACACAAAAUUGAACAAGAAUUAGGUACAGAAAUUUUACCUAUACCACGUCAUAUUGAUGAAAAUUUAUAUGUGGCUAAAGUAUCAACUAUUGAACAAUCAAUUGAUGAACAACAAACAGAUAAAUGA